AUGUCGCACCUUUUUGCCAUUUGCAAAGAUGCAGUGUGUGUUGCAGAGGACACAUGUGUUGCGUUUUAUGCCCCAAAGAACCUCAAGAAAUUUCGUGUGGAAAGAUUAAGUGGUAGACGUAUUGCCGGUUUAUAUAUUGUAAAAUCAGGAAAGGGUGAAAUGCACCUUCAUGUGAUUGAUGCAGAGGCAAAUUGGUUUCUUAUUUCUCUCAGUCAUGUGGAAUUAUUAUCUUCUUCUUCUAUAAAAAUGGUGAAUGAGUCUACAGUAACAUCGGGUCAUAAACCAAUUGUCUCUGCUCGUCGAGCUUUAACAGUUCAUAAACAAUUAAUAAAUGAACAUGGUGUUCUUGAGGCACACUUUCACGAGGCGAAUGGGGAAUUACAUUGUGUGCUUCUCACCAUUGCUGGUGUGUAUGAAGCCUCUUUACGUGAUACGGCUGUUAUCUCUGCAGAAUCUAUUAUGACUUUUCGCAGUCCUUUACGUGAUUGUACGAUGGUAACAGGAAAAUUAACAGGUCUUGUACUUGUCGGACAACGUGGGGAAAAGUGGGCCCAGUACUCUUUAUAUGGUGAGAGAGAAAAACAAAACUGUAGACAACUCCUUUUGCCUAUUCAAAUGCAAAGUAUGGCAUGUAAUCCAGUUACAAACAGUGUGGCUAUUGGUGGAAUACGUGGGGAAUUGAUAGUUUAUCCUUCCGUUACAGAUGAUCAUCAUUUCUCAGAUCAUUGGCAUCAUACACCAUUAACAGCAUUAAGUUUCUCUGUGGAUGGUAAUUCUCUUUAUUCUGCUGCUCGAGAAUCUAUUAUGCUAGUUUGGAAUUUAUCUUCCUACACUUUCAGAAAGAUAGGAUGCAGUUUAGGACUUGUUCGUUGUAUUGUGCCUUCUUGCUCUAAUGGAUCACAAUUAUUAAUGGCAUGUGCAGAGUCAACACUUGCCACUCUUGAUCUUUUACAGAUGCGAGUAGAAAAAUCUAUUGAUGGUGUUCAAUGGUCUACAGGUGAAGCUUGCAGUGGAUUGGUUGUAGGAAAUUGGAUGGGACAAGCUGCCGUUAUAUUAACUGGUUUACCAAAUGUUGUUCGUGUGUGUGAUCCCUUCUCUCAACAGGCAUUAUAUUCACUUCACAUUUCUUCACAAAUGGAAACAAUUCCAGUUCCACCUCGACAUGGUAUUCAACAUGUGGGACUUCUUAAGGAUAAUCGUACUAUUGUAACCUAUGAAGAGUUUAGAGGUACAACACUUCCACCAUUACUUCGUUUUUGGGUAUAUGAUGCCAGUGUAAAACGACAUGUGGAAUCACAAACUAUUUAUUCUCCUCAUUGCAGUCGUAUAUUGGCAUUACAAACCGAUAAUAUAAAUGGACGUGUUUUUACACUCAGUUCAAAUUCUAUGAAAUGUUGGGGAGAAGCUACGGAAGAUGUAAAUGAUGCCUAUGCUACGGCUACUGAACAGAAGGGAUGGAUUAAUAAAUCCUCAUCUGCUACACCUUCACGUCUUGUUAAUGAUUUAAUUCUUUCUCAUGAUGCUUCACUCUGUUUUAUAUCAGAUGAUAAUGUUCAUAUCUACAGUAUUGCAAAUCUUCGUCCUGGAGAGACAUGGCAUCGUGUACUUACUCUCACACAAUCUACAUGUUUAUCACCACUUCGAGAUCUUCAAUUAUUAAAUGAAUGCCGUACAGUAGUGGCUCGUGAUGAGACACAUGUUUACUUUUGGUCAUUAAACACACCUCAUCAAUCUGCGGUAGUUUGGGAAACGACGAAGCAUACUAUUUCUGCUCUCUGUUCAUAUGGAACUACAUCUGUAUUAAUAGCAACAGAUGAUGGGUCUCUCUCUGAGUUAUGUGGAUCUUCUGAAAAGAUGGGAAAAGAAUUGGGACACGCCUCCAGUGUUACUCCACAUCGUAUUACACUAAUGAAGUCUUUGCCGGGUGCGGAUAAAGAGCGAGUGGCUGUGGUGGAUGAGGCCUCAGGGUUUCGUGUACUUCACAUCUCAUUAACAGCAAGCAAACAACAACAAGAAGAAGAAGAGAAUACGGCAAAGGUAGAGGUUGUGGAUUUUAAUGGAGUGAGUAAAGAUGUGGUAAGUCAGGAAGACGGUGAAAAGUCACUUCAACACUUUUUCCAUGAUGUUUCCCGCAUUGGUAAACGAGGAAACAAACUCAAGAUCAACAACAACAACACUAAUAAUAAUAACAAUGCUGCAGAGAAAGAUGAUGAUUAUCAUAAUAAUAAUGAUGAAGAAGAUGAUGAAGAGGAUGAGGCGUCUUCUCUCAGUAAUGCCGUACGGGCGGCGGCCGCAAAGAAGUGGCUGGCGGGAGUACUCGCAGACUCCGCCUACACCGCCCCACCCAUGAGUUCUGUGCUCUCCUCAUACCUCAAGAAGCGAGCAGGCAUCCCAACACUCUGA